GUUUCUAUCCGCUAGUACGCUACGAGCCUACUUGCGUGGUGGACGCGCGCGCUCCACGAACCGGCGCGCGCAUACGUAAACACGAUAAACAUUUUUAAGCAUGUGUGACUAAUAUUCAACAACAUUGAACUUUCUGUGACUGUGAGACUUAGUGAGGUGAUAUUGGGGUGGUUUUGGCGCGAAACGGAGUUUAACAUAGUUUUACAUAACACAGAGCUUUCGCAAUUGUCUCGUGAUAACAGUGCUCGGAUACAGUGAAGCGCUUGUCGAAUAAUGAGGAGUAAACAAAGGCGGUGGGAUAGUGUUUUUGGCGCGAAAUCGUUGCAACCAACAGGAUGACGUUCACGCUGUCGCUGGUGGUGCUCCCGCUGCUCGUGGCGGUGGCGCGCGGCGGCGAGCCGGUGUUCGACCCGACCACGCUCAUGCGGCUUGUGCUCGUGCCGGCGGACGCGGCUGUGGGUUCCGUCAUCUACCGCGUCCGCGCGUCCGACCCUGACUUCGAUUAUCCGCUGCAUUUUGAGCUUAUAGGUCAAAUGGGUCGUCUAGACAUCGGCAUAGAAACUCUGCCUUGCACAAGAUACAACUCGGUCUGUCAAGCGAACGUUAUUCUGUUACGAAGACUGGAGCCUGGGCGGUAUGUGGACUUCAGGCUGUCUGCGAGGAACACCAGGGGACGAAGCGCUAGAAUAGCCUGUUCUGUCACGGGAACUAAUGCUACUACACCUAGAGAUACGAUAUUUCCACAUCAGCCUAGCAUCAUUUUGGUACCUGAGGACGCGAAGCGCGGCACCGAUCUCGAAAUAGUCAUAGCGAGGAAGAAUCCCGUGUCACCGAAGCCUCUAGAACUGGAACUUUGGGGAUCACCUCUCUUUGCAAUACGUCAGCGCCGCGUUUCGACCGAAAAUACCGAAGGCACAAUAUUUUUGGUUGGUCCUCUGGACUUUGAAGCACAAUCUAUGUAUCAUUUGACUCUCUUGGCAGUGGACCCAUACAUCGAAGUAGGCAAAGACACGCGCAACAUAGCAGGCCUGGAAGUAGUGGUAGUGGUACAAGAUGUACAGGACAUGCCACCAGUGUUCACCACCGCGCCUCCCAUCACCCACUUGCCUCGCCAGGUCGUCCCGGGGGAUGUUGUGGUGAAAGUGAGGGCUGAAGAUGGGGAUAAGGGAGCCCCACGGCAGAUUAGAUAUGGUCUGGUGUCUGAGGGGAACCCGUUUACGCCGUUCUUCAAUAUUAAUGAGACUACAGGUGAAGUAACACUCGAGCGACCAAUCGAAGAAAUCGCAGCAAUAUCCCACGCUGGUGCUCCAAUACUGCUCACAGUAGUUGCGGAGGAGGUGAGGUUGUCACGGGAGGAGCCAGAAGCGAUGUCGUCGACAGUACAACUGGCUUUCAUCCUGCCGGAACGAGAUAACUCCCCUCCGUACUUUGAAAAUGAAUCAUACAUCACAUACUUAGAUGAAAACGCUCCACAAGGCACAGCCCUUACAUUCAACGAUCCCUACAUUCCUCAAGUAAAUGACAAUGACGCUGGUAAAAAUGGCGUGUUUUCUCUUUCGCUACUCGGAAAUAAUGGAACCUUUGAAAUAUCACCCACUGUAGCAGAGAGACAUGCACAAUUCAUCAUUAAAGUACGGGACAACACGAUGCUAGAUUUUGAAGCCAGAAAAUCGGUCGUGUUUCAGAUUGUCGCUCAAGAACUUGGACCAGCUACUAACUUGUCAGCCACAGCCAAUGUCACCGUAUAUCUAAAUGAUGUCAAUGAUAAUGCACCAGUCUUUUUAGCUUUAUCAUAUGACGUUGAGCUUCCCGAAAACAUCACUGCUGGAGCUAGAGUGGUCCAAGUACAGGCCGAUGACGUAGACACGGGUGCUUUUGGAAAAAUCCAAUACACUGCCAUAUUAGGAUAUCUAAAUACAUCUUUGAAUUUAGAUCCCAUAUCUGGCUUGAUCACGGUCGCGACCAACAACCAUGGUUUUGACCGUGAGGCGAUGCCAGAUUUGCAUUUUUUAGUAGAGGCUAGAGAUAAUGAUGGAGUAGGUUUAAGAGUUACAGUGCCAUUAAUAAUUAAGUUAUUAGAUGUUAAUGAUAACCCACCAGAGUUUGAGAGGACGUUGUAUGAAUUUGUGCUAUCGCCGAAUUUGAACAAUUUUACAUCAUCAGCAUUUGUAAAGGCAGUUGAUAAAGACGCUGAGCCACCAAAUAACGUAGUCAGAUACGAAAUAAUUGAAGGAAAUAGAGAAGGAAACUUUGCAGUUAAUGAAGAUACAGGUGAAUUGUUUCUUUUGGAGCCCCUAAAAAGAACAAACAAAAGAAAUACCAGACAAAAACGUCAAUACGAUGAAGAAGAAAGUAAAAAUUAUAUUCUAACUGUAAGAGCCUAUGACCUCGGUAUACCGAGAUUAUCAUCAACCACAACGGUUAAGAUUUACCCACCAGAAAGUAAAACAAGAACCAUGUCAUUUAUUGUACCCGGUGCAAACCCCGAUAGAAAGAAACUAGAGGAAUUACUAAGUACUCUCUCCGGAGGUAAAGUGUCAAUUAUAGAAAUUAAACCCUAUAGAGGGAAUGGGAAUACCGGUUCUGAACAAAACGGCCAAGAGUCUAGUCAAGAAAGAAGUGAAGUUAUUGCCGUUGUUCGUUCAUCCGAAAAUACUGCUAUAAACGUAGCAAAGUUACAAGAACAACUUGCUAAAAAUAAGACAAUAUACAGCACAGGCGUAACGAAAAAUGAUCAAACUUCUAUAUCAGACAAGGAUGAUUCUAGUAUUUACAAAGCUGAAAGCCGGUUGUUAUUCUGGCUACUAAUAUUGUUAGCGGUUUUGGUGGCCCUUGUUCUACUUCUUUUGAUAUGCUGCUGUAUUUGUGAAGGCUGUCCACUCUAUAUGCCUCCGAGGAAAAGAGUGAUACGUGUCAACUCCACAGAGGACGACGUGCAUUUAGUGGUACGCGACAAGAGAGUUGGGAACAAAACGACGCAAAACAUAGAAAAUAAGUCCAUCCAAGCAUCAGAGUGGAGGAGGCGGGAGGCGUGGAGCGCGGAGCAAACAGACUUGCGGACAAAACCAACACAGUGGAAGUUUAAUAAAAGAAAUCAUCGAACUAAGGAGAUGACGAAACCUUCAUCAACACCUGGGGAUAUUCAACAAGAAUUCGUUCAUGCUGCUGAAGAUAACGACUAUAAAUAUGAUGACAAUAGACAUUCACUAAGAAAUAGGGAUGGACCAAAGAUAAUAUACACAAAAGAAAUGCAGCUACAAAAAACUUUCGCUAAUAAACAUAAAGAGUACAUAGAAGAUCUAGAAAACGGUUAUGAUAGAAUUGCUACACUUCAUCACAGAAAAGAACAAGAUAAUGAUUCAAUCAGAAGGCAUGAAAUAGAUCGAGGUUCUGAUGUGGGAGUCGUCAUCAAGUCUGAAUUACAUAAAAACAUCGAAGAUAAAGAUGAAAAUAAACCUAAGCAUGAAUAUCAUGACAAAUUGCAUGCUCCGUCUUCACUUGGAAGAGAUCAAUAUUUUAUUAAAGAAGGCAACACUGAAAUUUUAAGACUUGUUACGCGUGGUAAUAAUGAAGAAGAACGAUACGUAAACCUUCCAGUUCAUCAACAACGCCCUGUAACAUUAAUACCACAAACACAAUAUGUUGUUGUAGAUAAUGGCAAAGAACUAUUGAUGGAACGAUUUAUAAGAGAACAGGGUGAGGAAGCAAAGUAUAUUAGAGAGCGAAUGAAUUCAAAGUUGGUCACUGAUCUAGAUGAAGUCAUGGUUGAAAAAGAAGUUAAAAAUAAUGGACAAAAAGUACACACAGAUAUACACAAAAUACCAGAAUAUAACAAUUUUCAAACAGACGUUCCAGGUACAGUACCCAUAAAGGCUGAAUACUUACAGUCUGCAUUAUUAGAAAUACAAAAUAAAUCUACCUUAAAUCAAGAACUACUCGAAACAUCUUUACGAAAACAAAAUGAAUUAUUACACCAAAUACUUGUUGAACGAGAAAAAAUGUUUCAAAAUCAGGAGACCGCCUCUCAGGUUGAAAGUAAAUUAGAAACACAAAGUUUACCCGGACAUUCCGUCAUGGCUACUCAAACUGAGUGUCAUAUUGGAACACAAACUGAGCCACAACUUUUUAAUGACGUAAAAAGAAAAUCAAGAAGUGAUAACGAUUCCUAUAGUGAAGAUGACUCACAAAUAUCGGCAAAAGAUGAAACAAAAAAACCAACAUGGUUAAAGAGAAAAAAACCUAAGAAAAAAAUAAAACACAAAGACCCGCGACGUAGUAUGCGUUCAUACGAAGUAAAACGAAAAAUUAAGACGCCAAUCCUUGAAGAAAGUGAGGUUUCACCGUCUCUGGAAAGUGAAAAACGUAUUAAGAUAAGUAAAAUAAAUGAAAGACAGGAACAUAUUAAAAACUACGGUGAUGUAACAAAGAGCACGGUGAUAACUUCUAAAAAUGAAACAACGUCUUCAACAAAAAUAAAGCUUACUGACAGUGAUAGAAAAGAAAAGCUUAAAAGAGAAAUUCUCUUGGAAAUUUCAGAUUCGCUGGAUGAGAAACUUGAACCUGUGAAACAUAAAAAAUUGUUUCUACAAAGACAAGACUCUCCAUCUAAAGCUUUAGCUUUAGAAUAUGAAAGUAGCAAAGACAGCCAGAGUAUCAGCAGCGGCACGAAUCACGAACAAAAACAUGCAAUAAUUUCAAAACCUGACUCAUCAUCAAGUACUCGAGAUCAUGGAUUGUCAGCAAAAGUUACCAGUGAUUUAGACGACUUAGAACAAUCACCUGAGUCUAAAAAAGAUGAGUCAUCAAGAUCUAAAGCUAGUGAUAAAAAUGAAGAAAUUAAAGGUGUAGAAGCAACAAAAGCUCCACAAAAAAGUUUGCCCAGAUAUAUGCAGUGGUAUAGUAAAAAGGGAGCAACACCAUCAAAACCAACUGUUGAAAGAACUGCACCGGAUAAGCCUAAGCGUCCGUCGAAAAUAAAAAGUGAAAUAGGAAAAAGUCAAGAUAAAGUAGGCCGUUACGGCAAAAUAAUGCCUAAAGAUCCUCACGAUAACACGGAGGCAAAAAAAAACUUCAAAGAAAAGGAAAAUGAAUUUAUCCAUCCACGCCUUCUGAAAGAAGGCAAAGUAACUCCUGUUCCAGAAGGGCCUUUACCAGAUGUACAUCCACUUUUGCAACAUUCAGAACAUCGUUAUGAGCAUCAAUACGAGAAUCAAAAUCCCCUGUGUUAUAUUCAACCGACUCAUAUUCCAAAAUAUCUUAAAAACGAUUCAAGUGCUCCAGCGUUACCUCGAAGACAAUCUAUUGAACAGCAGCCAAUAUAUGUGAAUCAAGACGAAGUUAAAACUAAAGAGAAACAGCAAGAGAGUGCCGAGAGUGCCUUAACUCAUAGUAUAUCUAUUUCUACAAAUUACGAUAAAGAACGCAAAGCAGCGUCAGAAGUGCACGUUUCAAAGAUAAAUAUAGGAGGCGAAACUGUUCCAACUGUUAAUAAAAUUGUUACCACGAAAAUAGACGACAAUGACUCGGGAAUCGCGAUGAAUACGCUGGCUCAACAAACCAGUAACAUUAAGAGAUUACCGAUAACAGAGAAAAAGAGCGUGUUUACGAUCGCCUAUGAUGAUGUUCAAACUAAACAAUUAAGACCCGAUAGCAGUUCAACAUCUUAUUGAAAUGUGAUUUACAUAGAAAAUUAUAUAUACACGUUUGUAAUAUUGUAAUUAGUAGAUAUUUCAUAUUUUAAAUUUACUCACAUUUUGAUACUGUUGUUUGGUUUUAAAGUGCCUUAAACUUAAAUUGGGGUGAAAUAUAAUGACAUUCCGUCCUAAAGUAUUACUUAAUUUAUAGAAAUGUAAAUAGUUUCAUAGAAAUACUUCCCAAAUUAAAUUAUGAUCAACUGCCUUUAUAAAUGACUGUUUUUAAAUUAAGUUUUAAAAUGUACAUAGUAUUUGUGAACACUUACUAUUAAUUAUAGCUUUAAUUCCAUUGUAAAUAUUAUAAUUAUUUUCACUCAUAAUGAUGAUUGUAAUGAUCUAUACGGUAUUGUAUUUGUUAUAAAAUAUGAAGUUAUAUUAUAUUAUUAUUCCUA